GGCAACGGCCCGAUGUGUUUGUGUAUCGCCAGAGCUGAAGAAGCCGACGCUUUUUUCGUGGAAUAUUGACGUGAUUUCUGACUUUCGCGAGCUCCGGAGACUGUCCACAGACUUCUUGCAGCGGUACGUAGCUAGCUAGAGCUAGCUCCUGAGAGAAAGAUGGCCGAGUUUCUUCGUAACCACCCUGAGCUGCAGCCGUUCGUGCUCACAAACGUACGGCUCACUGGUACCACAAUCGGCGCAGGAGCCUACGGCAGCGUGGAGGAGGUGGCCAUGCCUGGAGCCGUCUGCGCCGCCAAAAAGAUUCACGACGUCUUCCUGAACGCGGCUCUGAUCCCGUCCCAGUUCGUGAAGGAAUGUCGGCUGAUGAGUACCCUCCGCCACCCGAACAUCGUCCAGUUUCUUGGUUUAUAUUUCCUGCCCGGCUCGCGACUGCCAGCCCUCGUCAUGGAGCGACUGCUGACGAGUCUUCACGACUUGCUGGACCCAGAAACCGACACCCCUCCCCCGCCCAAUGCGCCCAAGCCCUUCUUCCCGCCGAGCCUAAAGUGCUCGAUCCUGCACAACGUGGCGUGCGGCCUGACCUACCUCCACGAGCAAUCGCCGCCCAUCAUCCACCGCGACUUGUCGGCCAGAAACGUUCUCCUGAACUCGGGGAUGGUGGCCAAGAUAGCGGACCUGGGCGUGGCUCGUAUCGUGCCUCGUAUGCGAGUUGCAGCCACCAUGACAAAGGGACCUGGGGCCAUAAUUUACAUGCCUCCAGAGGCCAUGGAAAGCAAACUUGAGGAAAACGAGGAAGAGAAAGACAAAAUGUCAAAGUACGAUGCAAGCAUCGACAUCUUUUCUUUUGGUGUCGUGGCCAUUUUCACACUCUGCCAAACCUUCCCCUGCGACUUGCUAGCUCACAACUAUCGUGACGAACGACGAAGAAUAGUUGGUCGAACUGAGCUAGAGCGACGAGAGAGAUACAUGAGGAUGAUCUACAGGCAGCUACGCAAGAAGCAUCCUCUCCUCCAGAUGAUCGAGGGGUGUCUGGACUUCCCUGAAGACCGGCCGAGCAUUCGUCAGGUGCUGCGUCUGUUGGAGGAGGCCAGAGCUGAAGUGAGAGACGAGCAGACAGACAUGAACAAACUGGAGCUGUUGCGAGCUCUUCAGACCCAGCCCAGGAACCAGGAGAAUGUUGAGCUAGAGGGACUGCUGAGGAGAAAGGAAGCAGAGUUAGCUGAGGCCCAGGGCCAAAUGAUACUGAAGGAAGAACUUCUACAGUCCAGUGAAAGGGAGAAACAGAUUGUUGUACAACAAUUACAAUCCAGAAACCAAGAGAACGUUGAGCUCCAACAUCAACUAGAAUCUAGUGAGAGAGAGAAACAGACAGUCAGACAACAAAUGGUAUCCAGGAACCAGGAGCUCCAGCAACAACUAGAAUCCAGUGAGAGAGAGAAACAGACAGUCAGACAACAAAUGGUAUCCAGGCUGAUCAGCUCACAGAGACGGGAGACUGAGUUAGUGCAGGCCAAGGACAGGGAGCUAAGAGAGAAGCAGACAGUGAGAGAUGAGCUAACAAGGAAGGAGAGAGAGUUAGCUGAGACUCAGCAGCAACUGAGACAGAAGGAGGAACAGCUGCGAUCAAGUGAG